AUGACAUCGAAAGGUAAAGAAAUUUAUAAUACAAUAAAGCGGUCGUUAAGCUCAACAGCAUCUGCUGUCGCGACAUCUUCAUCAAUGUCGAAUCAUUCUCGUUAUGUUGCUCCAUCAGUUAAGCAAUGGAUUCAUCCACCUGAUAUAUUGCUGAAUGGUCGAGUAGAAUAUUCCGUAAAAAUGCUUGGUCAGAUCGAAGUUAAAGAAGCUAAAGGAACACAUGUAAUUCGUGAUGCUAUACAUGCUAUACGUUUUCAGUUACAAGUGAAUCGUGGUGUAACUGGACAUUCCGGUGCGAAAUUGAAAAAAGUCGAUUUACAUAUAAAUGUAGAUGGUGUUACAAUUGUUGAUAACAAAACUAAAAUGAUACUAUUCAAAUAUCCCCUUCAUAGGAUUUCUUUUUGUGCAGAUGACAAACAAGAUAAACGAGUAUUUUCAUUCAUUGCAAAAGCAGAAUCAUCAUCCCGUCAUGAUUGUUUCGUGUUUUUGAGUGAAAAAUUGGCUGAGCAAAUUACGUUAACAGUUGGUGAAGCAUUUGAUCUUGCUUAUCAAAAAUUUCUUGAGAAGAAUGGUAGAGAUCUCGAAAAUAGGAAACAACUUAUUGUUCUGCGCAAAAGAAUAGCGGAACUGGAAACCGAAAAUAACGAAUUACGAAUAAAAUUGGCAGAAGCGUUAAAAAAAAAUUCUGUAAAUGGUAAUAUAUACGCACCGUCGCUUCCAACUACUCCUAUGCCAAGUGAACCUCCAUCUAGUGUUUCAUCAAACAACACGAUUCCACGUGCUUUAAUUCCACCUCCAUCAUUUUCGAAACGACAGAAUAUUGCUCCGAAUUCUUUGGCUAGCGAACUUCGUUCAAGUGGGCCAUGUGUUGGUAGAAAGUUGGAAAAUCUUGAAUUGGAUAAAAUGGAAGAUAUUUUCGAUAAUCAGUUUGAUCCACGAGCUGAUGAACGAAAGAAAAAGCUAUAUGAAAAAACAAAGAAGGAUAAAUUCGGACUUGAUCCGUUCGGUGAUGAUUUUAUGAAUGAAGUGCUCAACAUGGAACCGAAUACUGGCAGAAAUGACAAAAAUGUUGAAAUAGAACCAACUCCUGAAGAUCUAGAAAAAAUGCUGUCAAUGGUGGAUGAGCGUCUAUCUGAGCUACGUGAUGGAUUCGCUUCGGGUGUUUUGGCUAUGGGUGACACAGGUGAUUCUGCUCGUGACUUGCAUAAUAUCUACAGCGUUCCACAACAAAGUUCAAUGGAAGAGGAAUCACUGAAAUGA